AUGAAAGGAAAACAUAAACCUUCAAUAAAAGAAGUGUUAGAGAGAUAUAAUGCAAAGAUAAUAUCAAAGUCGUGUUUAAAUGAUACCAGCAACAACAACCGUCAAUCAGAUGAAGAAGAUCAACCUAUUAAUGAUGCAUAUGAUCAGCAAGCUCCACGCAUUACACUUCCCAAUCCAUUCAGUAACAACAACAACAACAACAACAACAACAACAACAACAACAACAACAACAACAACAAUAAUAAUAAUAAUAAUGAAUCAUUUGAUGAUAAUCAUCAUCAUGUCACUACUACUGCUCCAACCAAUACUUUCAUCAGUAACAAUACAAAGAAUCAAGAUAGUGUAUCAAACAACAACAACUCUAUUGCAAAGGAAUCAAAACGACAAAGUGACCAAGAUAUAUUAGACUUGGUACACAAGAUAUGUGAUAUUGAUAGUUCUGUGAGUUACAAACUAUUAUUAAAGUAUCUUGCAGUUAGAAAAGGCAAUGAUAACAAGACGAUGAAUCAAGACUGUGUAUUACCCUUUUUAACAAACGAAACAAAGACUGAAAUACGAUCAUUGAUACUUGGUGCUUUUGAAAGGCAAGGUUAUCAACAAUUUUCUCAAUCAAAUUUAAAACAUAUUGAUUUGUUGUUAACAAAUAGUUACAAACAAUCGAGUGAAGAUGAAGAGAUAUUUAGAUUUGGUAUUAUUAAGUGGGUUGAUAAAAUGUUAAAGCAACCAAGUAAUCAUCAAAACUUUUUGGGUCAAAAAUACAAUUUAUUGAUAUCUCCAUCUACCAUUGACUCUGUAUUGGUUGCAUUGUCAAAGGUUAAAGAACCAUCUCGAUCAAAUAUUGUAUAUGAAACAAUGGCAACUAUUUGGAGACUACACUUUAAACAAAUUGGAUGUGCUAUUGGAGAAAGAGAGAUUUCAAUGUUCUUGUCAAUCUUUAAACACUACCCACGAUUUAAAGAUGAUCAACAACCAAGUCAUGAACAACUAGUUCAAGAAAUUGGCAUAAAUAUUUAUACUAAUAUUUCACCUCAAUCGGUCCUAUGGGAGAACAAAGACUUUACAACUCUUGUACAAUCAUUUAAAGAGAAACAAAAGCAACCAAAUGAUCAAGAUAUAGUAAACUUGGUACGUGAGAUGUGUGAUAAUACUAAUGUAAAUAAUGAUGAUAAUUGUAAUUUAUUGAUAAAGUAUCUUGCAGUUAGAAUAGGUAAUGAUAACAAGACAGUGAAUCAAGGCUGUGUAUUACCCUUUUUAAGCAAUGAAACAAAGAUUGAAAUACAAUCAUUGAUACUAGAUGCUUUUGAAAAGCAAAGUGAUCAACCCUUUUCAAAUUUAAAAAAAGUUGUUGAAUUAUUGUUAACUAAUCGUUAUAAAAGAGAUAGUAAAGAUGAAGAGAUAUUUAGAUUUGGUUUAAUUAAAUGGUUUAAUAUUUUUAUAUUAAAGGAUAAAGACAAUCAAAGUAAUUUUUUGGGUAAAAUAUUCAAUAAGUUGAUAUCGACAUCUACCAUUGAAUCUGUAUUAUUUGCAUUGUCAAAGAUUAAACAACCAUGUCAUUCAGAAUUUGUAUUUCAAAAUCUGGAUACUAUUUGGAGACUACAUUAUAAAAAUGCACAUCAUUUUGGAGAAAGAGAUAUUUCAAUGGUUGUGCCAAUCUUUAAACAUUAUGAAUUUAAAGGAGAUCAACAAUACGAACAACUCAAACAAGAUAUUGCAAAUCUUAUUUAUAAUCAUCUACCACCUAAAUCACCUCUAUGGAACAACAAAGAGUUUCAUAUAUUUUUCAAACAAACGGUUGGUACUCUAUUUCAAAGUAUACAAGAAGAUGAUUAUUUUAUUCCACAACGAUUCGAGACAGAUUAUGAUCGAUUCAUGAUUGAUUGGAAUGAUCAACACUAUGAACCAAUCAGUCGACCAAAACAAAGAUUUAUAUUUCUUGCAUAUAUUAAUUUGCAGGAAAAGACUCUGUUCACCAUCAUUCAAGAUUACCUCAAAGUAUUGAUGUCUCAUGAAACAUCUGGUUGGAAAGAGAAAUUAAUUGUUCUUGGUGUAUUGAACCUUGUGGGUAUCUGUGUAAGGAAUAGAUAUUAUUUAAAGAGUGGUCCGAUGUUAACACAUUCAGAUCUUCGAAAAAGAAUAUUUUCAAUCGAUCCAAAACAAAAUAAUUGCCUCAUUCAUUGUAAGCUGAUUGGAUUUUUUAGAAAAUUACCAGACGACGAACUUUCCCAAGAUUCAUUUCGAAAAACAACAAAUCGAGUUUGGAAGAAUAUUAUCAACCGAAAAGAAGAACCUUUACAACCACGUACACUAUAUCUUCUAUGUGAUUAUAUCAAAGAUACCGAAGAUGAAUCAUUUUAUGAAGAUUUGGUUGAUAAAAUUGUACAACAAUCAUUGAAAUGUGAUCAGAGAUAUGUUGUUGAAGCUGCUGAAAAUUUAAUUCAAGAACGUCAAAAACUAGUAGUUGGUCCACGAUCCGUGAUUAAAGUUUUAGAUAAAGACAAUCUCACUAUAGACGAUAUUGACAAGGUGAUCAAAUAUUUUGACAAGAAUAAGAAAACAAAACUCAUCAACAAAAAGAAAUAUCUUUCAACGAUUAUCUCUCGAGUGGUCGUUAAUCCACCUUCAAUCCUCAAUCAAAAAAUGAUUGGUAACUAUCUUAAAACAUUUAUAGUAUAUUGGAUUGCACCCGAUUACUAUGGAAAAUAUAAAGGAUAUGAAUCAAUAGGAAAGGAUCUUCUCAUUUAUCUUCCAGCAAUCAUGAAAGUAAUCCUAAACCAACCAUUAGGAUUUCAAAACGAAUCAGUGAUUCUCGAAUUGUGCUGGCAGUUCCCAGAUAAAAUGUAUUUAUACAUUGAUCAGGCAGAACAAGCUGGUAUCAUCCCAACACCAAACCAAAGAUCUCAAAUCUUCAAUUGGCCAUAUAAAUCACUCAUGUCAACACUCAGAGUCGUAUUCUCAACUGUUAUCAAUAACAACCAAUCGAUUGUCGGGUGUGACAAUUCGGUCAACACCAUUGACACUUUCCAACAAUCAGCAGACAAUGGAACACUUCAAUACCCCAAUUGGGCUUGA